UACACGUAAUGUACUGUACAUGUACUGUACGAUGCAUGUCCAUGCGUGUGCAGAAUACAGUGUAUGAGCAGACCACGCGACUGAUACUGUGCCUAUAUAACUCCAUAGCUUCCGAGCUACUCGUAGAAUUCCGUAAUGAUGCUCUCGCCGCUGUUGUGUCAGGUACGCCUCCCGGCCGGUCAGAUAUAGGAGCGAUCACAUGUGUUGUCAACAGCCGUGCUGUCAGCGGUGAUUUCCACCAGCGACACCCGGCCACACCGCUCAUUCGCAUCGGGCCAGCGAGCGAACAGUUUAAACCCGGAGCUUACUGAAACUUCCGAACCUGAUAAUUUGCUGCCAAGGAUAGGGGAACUUCCGAUUUCGGUGUAUUUUUCUUGGUUACCUUUUUUUUCUCCACGCUGUGUCAUUGAGACUCGGAGGACUUUUUUUUCGUGGUUUGACAACCUCCAAGCAAACAAUGCCAAUGUUACCUGAACAGGUCGACUACCUGUUCCCCACCCACCCUGCCCUAGAGGAUUAUAGUGAUGGGCCGAUGGAUAGCAUGACUAAAGGUUACUCCCCUUACUACCCAGCCCCACCCCUCAGGAUGGACUUCAACUUCGAGCAGAGCGAGAUCAAGCCGGAGUUCGACGAAUUCUGCCCGGUGUGCGGCGACAAGGUCUCGGGCUACCACUACGGCCUGCUGACCUGCGAGAGCUGCAAGGGCUUCUUCAAGCGGACGGUGCAGAAUAAGAAGGUCUACACCUGCAUCGAGAACCGCAACUGUCUGAUCGACAAGACUCAGCGGAAGAGGUGCCCCUACUGCCGGUUCCAGAAGUGCCUGAAAGUCGGCAUGAAACUGGAAGCCGUGAGACCAGACAGAAUGCGCGGUGGACGCAACAAAUUCGGCCCUAUGUACAAACGUGACCGGGCCCUCAAGCAACAACAACGGAACCGCAUCAUCGCUAGCAGCCGGGCUGUGUCGGCCCCCGGCAACCCGGACAUAUCCAUGGCCAUCAAGAACAUCCAGGCGGCCGCGUCCAAGAGCGCGCCCCUCUACCCUCCGGCCGCCGUGGUCAUAAGGGACCCCAUGAUGAACAACAAGCAGGCAGCGCUUAUGAACAUCCCGCAGCCCACGUCGCUGUCGCAUAACGGCUACCCGGGGGCGGCCGCUGCCAGCGGCAGCAACCACCAUCACCACCACCAGAUGCAGCCCCUCAACUACACCACGGCCGCCAUGGCCCAUCAGAACCCGGCCUCCAGUCCCCCGCCUCCCUCAGCCUCCUCCAGCACCAGUCCACUCCUCCACCCGGUCAAGUCGGAGCCCGACCAGACCCCCAAUCUCAUCCUGGAGCUGAUGAAGAGCGAACCAGACCACACCCAACUCCAGGCCAAGGUGGCCGCGUUCCUGCAGAGCCAGAUGAGCCUCACGCCGCCCGGAGAUUUCUUCAGUAUGAUCUGCAAGCUUGCCGACCAGACUCUCUUCUCGUUCGUAGACUGGGCCAGGAAUAGCUUAUACUUCAAAGAGCUCAAGGUGGAAGAUCAAAUGAAACUCCUACAGAACUCGUGGAGUCAGUUGUUGGUAUUUGACCACCUGUACCGGCAGGCCCAUCACCAUGGCGACGGCAUCCUCCUUAUCACGGGCCAGACUAUCGAUUCCACCAUGCUCCCCAUCGGCCUGGCGGCCAUGGGGAUGGGGGACCUGACCGACCAGAUGGCGCGGAUCAUCGCCCGCAUGCGCGACCUCAAGAUCGACCACAAGGAGUACGUCUGCCUCAAGUUUCUCAUUCUCCUCAACCCUGAUGUAAAUACUCUCCAAGAUAAGCAUAUUAUCGACAGUUGCCAGGACCGCAUCAGCGGGGCUUUGAUGGACUACACGAUGGCCAACUACCCGGGCAUCAACGACAAGUUCGGCCUGAUGCUCCGCUUGCUUCCCGAGAUCCGGCAGGUCAGCCAGCGAGGGGAGCAAUACCUGUACAACCGCCACAUGGAAGGCGAGGUCCCAUACAACAGUCUACUCAUGGAGAUGCUCCACAGCAAGAGAAAGUGAGCGUGCAACGGCCGUUGGCAGACGGAGCAGGCGCGCCAGACCUGGGGACCCAACAAAUCCCAGGCCCCUUAAUAAUUUUGCGCGGAGAAAGGACAAAUGGCGACACUAGAUCAUGAAGGAUAUCUGCUCCGGCGGCUGUUUGAUGAGUGGCCCUCCGCUCUGCAGAGACAGUGACUCUGAGCCAAAGAGUGUCGAUUAUUUUUAAUCUACAAGAGUAAAAAAGCUUGGCUGUGAAAAUUACGGUUAAAAAGAUGGUUGGGAGAGUUCGGUACUUGAGUACAUUUGAUGUAAAAACAGUACCCUUGUAAUGAUGAAAGUAUACAAGACACUGCUCCCGGUCUUGAUCCUCGUGUAAUAAUUCAGUGUAACACUCUCCAGGUCAGCAACGAACCAGACUGAAACAUCUGUAUGGGUCUUUUUCCCAUGCAAGGGUAGCUUGCCAUGUAAGGAAACGUCAGAAUCCCGUCCAGGAGGAUCGGGUGAGAUGCAUUUUGGCGUGUUGUCGCAUCCCGGGCUUGUUCGCCAGUUUCUUGUUUUUUUACCGAGGUUUACCGGCGACGCGUUCUAAACAAGACCCUGAAGGCCGGGGUUGUUCGGCGGCAGGCGUUCGAUUGCUUACGGACGUGUCUUGCGUUGAGAAAAUGGGUUGUCAUUCAAAAAUACAGAGUUAUGAGAGCGAAGGUAUAAUGAACAUUGGUGCUUGCCAUUGGCCCUGCCUUAAAAUGGCGGCGGCUUAACAUCAAAGGAGCCUUGUCUUUGGCAGAGUUGUGUCGUUUAAAGAAGGGUAGUGACAACAUUUGAUCCCCUCCCCCUAUGAAACCACCCCUCCCAUGAAAACUACCCCUCCAUCUGGCCCUGCUGUUGGUUGGUAUAUUGAAGUAACAUUAUAAAAGAUUGUUGUAUUUGAAGAGAACAUAGCGCCAAGCGCCAGCUCUAAAAAAAUGACAGGUAUCAGAUAUGCCAAGCCAAAGAUAAAAACCAAAGGUUUUUACGAAUAUCUUUCCUCCUAUGUUCACGGCCCCAUACUCUGCUUAAAAAGCUUGGCGCCAACCCUAAAACUGAGUGAAUUUUUUUUUAAAGUGAAGUAGGCCUUGUAGUUAUACGAAAUGAUCAUACAAUUUUGAGAGUCUUUAUGACCACAUAUUGAACAGUCUUGAGAAGUCAUCUGCAAAAAAACCCGGCUAGCGUCAGAUUUAAGAAGACCAAUGGGGUGGACUUUUUUGUAAAGUACUACAUAGCUUAAGUAUAAAUGUACAGAAUUAUCAUAAUAAUUAUAUUUCUGUAGAAGUUUUAUUUUAGAUUUUUUUUUCGUGUUGGAACUUCACUGUAACGACUGAUGAAUUGUCGCUUUGUUUUGUUGUAAAACCUUGGCAUUUCGGGAGAUCAACUUUUUCUGAUGGGAAAUUCAAUCCAAAUGGAAUAAAUAUUGAUGUAUUACUCACAGUGUCCUAAACUUAGGCGCGAAGGAAACGACAAAAUUAUAUAGCCAUAUUCGUCCGGAUGCCACUGUGUAAACUCUCCUUGAUAUGGUUGCGUUUCUCAAAGUUGGCAUAUGCAUUAUAUCCAUCGGUCCUACUGACUUGUCAGUUACUGUCGAACUGCAUUUUUGACCAGGUCGACUUUGUUGUCGGUGAAACGUAUUGUCAUGUUCAGUCCAACAAAAAACAAAGAAAGUGUCUUUGCAUUUAGCUCGCUGCUGAUUAGUGCACAUCCUGUGAUCAACUUAUAAAUAUUAUAAUUAGGGAAACACUGGCGAAAUUAGCAUCCCUUCAAAUUUCGUACUCUCAAUAGACACAAAUAGGAUGACUGCAUAGGCACUCAGUACUGUUUGAUUUCGCCACUUUCUGUUUGUACAACACUUGGCAGAAAUAUUUACUCGAUGGAUUCUGCGUAAUUGAUGUACAAUACCGAGUUUGACCCAGUAGAACGACCGAGUUUGACCCAAACCAAGUACGCCUGUGGGUUGACAAAUCAGCUUCAAAUGUCCAGUUGGGAUUCUGCACAAAGAAACGCUUCCUUCUUUGGUCUUCGAGAUGUAUUGUACACACGAUACACGUUUUGGGGUUAUCAAUCGACAGUUGAAUCUUGAGUACAUCUUGAAAACAGUUGAUACUUGGAGGCUGUUUAUGGAGGCUGCCAUGUUUGUUGCGGGUUCCUCCCUCUAAUCGCUAUGUUCAUCAAUAGGUUAAUCUGCAAGGCACAAGUCUAUCUCUUUUCUUUUCUUCUGCGAUGCUGGGUCCUUCUCGGGUGUCGUAAUCAUGUAGUAUGGUCUUUUUCAGGCCAUCCCUUUUUAAUGAGAUGGUACCUUAUUAGUGGAUUACGUUGUAAGCUAAGAGGCACAUUGAAGUUAAGGUUUCAAGGAAAACGUUCGUUGUCUUGUACUACAUAUGUCUAGUAACUUCAACUUCAAAUUCUUUAGUCGGUGGUCUUAUGUAAAACGUCUGUGAAAGAGUGUGAAGUUUUUGUAAGCUUCGUUGAAUCGUUCUGGAGUUACGAUGUGGGGUUAUUUUUAUCCGUUGGAUGCUGUUUGGGAAACCCGUGGAUAUAUCUGGUUGCACUUCGAAGCAGAGACCCGAGGAAGAGAAAAAACGCUUCAAUUACUUGUUGCCUUGGUGUCUAAUUGAGCAAGAGGUAAUAAGCGUCCGUGUCAUCGUCAACAGACACAUAUAAAUGAAGAAAGUGUUCAUGUGUUCCCAUAGCAACAGCUCCGUGUGCACGGUAUUGGAGCCGAGCACAGUGGGAACUACACGUAUUAUAAUGGCCUGCCCAAAAAGGCCAUUUUGCGGCGCACAAUUCCAAAAACUGUGAUUUGAAUUUGGUGUGGUUUUUGGUUUAAGGAAGGGGUAAUGUAUUUAUCUGUUGCUUUGUGUCAUGGUACUCUAUUGUGCUUAAAAGCUCGUUUUUAUGUUCUGCCAACCGAAAUGCCAAUUGCCAGCGUUUUUCUUUUUGAAAGCAUGCAGCGUAUGAAGGAAAAAGCGAAAUUUCACCCAAAUGUCUCCGGCUGCCGCCAUUGUUGGUCGUGUGCCUGGAAUACACGGUGGUUAUGGGGAUGGCGUUUCAUUGCUGCGUCAGCGGUCCCAGACUCGGGUGUUGUCUGGAGAUGGGGGAAAUAAGUGUCAGUACAUGCGGAGUCCAUGUGUAUUCGGGGAAAGGGUUGGAAUCAUUUAUCGCAAAAAUUGCAGAUCAAAGGAUGUGCAGUUUGUGUGGAAGCAUUGGGUCUGACAUUCUUUCACCAUUGGCGUAUUGUUAUUUAAGGUAUUCUCUUAUUUUUUUAAAGUAUGUCUUAAAACGCACAAACUAUCGCUGGCGUUCCUCUGUUCUCCUCAGUUAAGGUUUAACAGUAAAAACAAUUGUGAAUUCCAUUGUUUACUCACUCUAAACAGGGUUCAUGAAACGAAGGCUGUCAGUUUCUUUUGUAACAAAAAUAGAUAAGUAUGUAUAAUGAUAUGCAAAAAAAGCUGUUUCGGAAAAACGGCUCUGAAAAAAAAGUAUUUUUGACACCAACUGCACGCUGUGAAAUUCACUUACUAAUGGAUUUGUUUUCAUUGUCUUUAAAAUUAAUCAGAAACAACUCUCUAUCACUGUGAAAAAAUCUGUAAGUAUUAUUGAAAGAAAACUUUUACCAUUGUAAGAUAAUUAAAACAAACCUUGUACGAUGUUUGUCUACAAAA